UGUCAGUCAGUACUGUGCUCUGCAAACUGGAUGGACCAGUUUUUACUUUAUUGUUGUAUUUUUUAAAGCAUUAUUCGUGAGUAAAUUUUCUUUCACUUCGCGUAGCGGCCGUCUGAGUCAAAGUGAGGCUAAACAGGAUAAUGCUGGUAAAAAGUGAACGUUUAGCGACACUCGGGGCGAUCCUGGCGGUCCUCGUCCCGAACCUUCCUCCGGGUUCUGGGGCUCCGCAACCGCCGCACGUCGUCUUCAUCAUAGCCGAUGACUUCGGCUGGAACGACGUGGGCUACCACGGCUCCGAGAUCAAGACGCCCAACCUGGACAAGCUGUCGGCCGGAGGAGUCCGCCUGGAGAACUACUACGUGCAGCCCAUCUGCACCCCGUCCAGGAACCAGCUCAUGACGGGCAGGUACCAGAUCCACACAGGCAUGCAGCACCAGAUCAUCUGGCCCUGUCAGCCCUACUGCGUGCCGCUGGAUGAGAAACUGCUGCCUCAGCUCAUGAAGGAGGCCGGAUACGCCACGCACAUGGUGGGCAAGUGGCACCUGGGCAUGUACAAGAAGGACUGCCUGCCCACACGGCGCGGUUUCGACACCUAUUUUGGUUAUCUGUUGGGCAGCGAGGAUUACUACAGUCACACCCGCUGUUACCACAUCAACCAUCUGAACUUGACUCGCUGUGCGCUGGACCUGAGGGACGGCGAGGAGGUCGCCACCGCGUACAAAGGAAUCUACUCCACCGAGAUGCUGAGCCAGCGCGCCAUCACUACCAUCGAAAAACACAAUCCUGACAAGCCGCUCUUCCUCUACGUGGCGAUGCAGGCGGUCCACUCACCCUUACAGGUGCCCGCGCGAUACCUCACCCCGUACCGCUUCAUCCGAAACCAAAACCGCCGGCUGUUCGCCGGCAUGGUGUCGGCCAUGGACGAGGCGGUGGGGAACAUCACUCUGGCUCUGAAGGGGGCGGGGCUUUGGAACAACACUGUCUUCGUGUUUUCUACAGAUAACGGCGGCCAGACGCUGUCUGGAGGCAGCAACUGGCCGCUGCGUGGGAGGAAGCUGACGCUGUGGGAAGGGGGAGUCCGGGGCGUGGGGUUCGUCGCCGGCCCGCUGCUGAAGAGACCGGGGACAGUCAGCCGCGACCUCAUCCACGUCUCUGACUGGCUGCCCACGCUGGUCGGCCUGGCGGGCGGGAGCACCAACUCCACCAAGCCGCUGGACGGCUUCAACGUGUGGAACACCAUCAGCAAAGGCAUUGCCUCACCCAGACUGGAGCUCCUGCACAACAUCGACCCUCUGUACACUGACUACACUCCAUGUGCGGGCGGCAGCAGCAGCAGCAGCACCAGCCGCCGCUUCAGCUCGGACUCCCAGCCGUGGGCCAAGUCCGGCUUCAAUGUUUCCAUUCACGCCGCCAUCCGGACCACCAAGUGGAAGCUGCUGACUGGCUACCCGGGCUGUGACCAUUGGUUCCCCCGGCCCGGGGACGACAACUCCUCGUCCUCCGCUCAGCCGGAGCCGCUGAAGCCCGUCAUGCUGUUCGACAUCGAGAACGAUCCCGAGGAGAGAAAAGAGGUGUCGGCUCAGUUCCCCACAGUCGUCGACUAUCUCCUCAACAGACUCCAGAAAUACCAGAGCGGCGCGUUGCCCGUUAAAUACCCCGAUGACGACCCCAGGUGCGACCCGGGCCCUACGGGAGCCUGGGGACCCUGGGCUUAGCUGGACCGACACCAUCAGAGACGCUUCAGUGUGUUUACGGUGAAAUCCAGCAGUGGGGGCAUUUCAUCCAUGGAGGAAAUUAAAGUUUACAAGCAGAUUCUUUUAUAUUUGUGAAUUAGAAAGACAGCUGGGUUGAUCUCUUGGUAUUUACAGCGACGCUAAUCGGGCUGCGAAUUGUUUUAAUGGGGAAAAAUUGAGGGGCCCGCUGUGUUUUUGAUUGACAGACGUUGGUGUUAUCGUCGAUCUCUGCUCACAGUAGCGGCGUUCCCAGUCCCGCUCGUUCCACAUGUUGCCGAUUUGUAAAGAGCAUCUCCCCGCUGCUUCAGGUAUUUGCACUUCGUUUAUCUGCUGCUGAGGAGCUGCAGGUUCCUUCUACACAGGAGACGCAAACUCACACAGAAGCAGCCGCCUUCAACCUGAGGGAGAGAUUAAACCGCCGUGCCUUAAGAAGACUUCACAAUGUUUGCUUUUUUAAAGUUGUACCUUGUGUGAGAAAGAAAAGCCAAAGUUUGACGUAUGCAUCUACAUUUUUAUUAAAUGGGAAUGAAUGGGAUUGUUAUAUAAGAUGUCUGUUGAUCAGCAACUCUGUCUGUCAUCAUAUUUGAGUUUAUUUUUUUGGGAGCCUUCGGUGGGAUGAUAGCACUUUAAUGUUUUGCCUCUUUUGUGAUCGUCUACUCAAGGCCAAAAAGCACAACUGAAGCUCUGUCAAAACACGCCGAGCCACUAACCUCACUGUCAAAGCCCGUCCUUCCAAGCAUAAGUGCGGCACUUAACUCGAUGACAACAGGGACGUCAUGUCGGAGUUUCCUCAUUCUUCAGCGAUGAUUGCUUGAUUUUGAAAGCUGUCAAACAGACUUAAUGUCCAACUGAGCCUCGAGUACAAAUAUGCAGCUGAAUGCUGCAGCAGCAGCAGGAAGAGAAAAGGCUUUGUAAGUUUUCCACAUGAACACAGAUGUUCUGUGUAAUGUUUUGACUGUUAAAUUGAGUUUAUCUACAAAUUAAUAAAUGCAUUUGAAUACA